AUGUCGAUUCUUUCUGACCAACCUAAUUUAGAAGCUGGCAGCAAUUUAUCUAAAGUUAGCAAACGUUCUGGCCGACAAAAUUCUGAGAAAAAGACAGCAGGACGAGGUAUAAAAAAAACUCUAUAUGAAGAUAACAACAUUUCAAUUCUUUCUGACCAACCUAAUUCUGAAAUUGGUGGCACUUUAUCUGAAGUUAACAAAAGUUAUAGUCAACAAAAUUCUGAAAUUAGUAUCCAAGCAGUUAAUUCGAAACCUAAUAGUGAUGUUUCUAAUCAACAACAAAUCCAUCGCACAACAGAUCCUAUUUCUUAUUCACAAACUUAUGAUAUUGACAUUGAAUCAAGUUCUAAUUUGCUUGAGGAACAGUUUACAGGCUUGACAAAUACAUUCUUAACUACAACUAACCAUCCAUCUACUUCAUAUGCAACGAUGUUUAAGAUUGCAGCAUUUGUUGCAGAUCAUCCUGACAUCCUCUCUACGGCUAAUAUGAUUCAUCAAAGUAAACAAAGAAGCUGGAAUCAGCAUAUGCCUAAAGAACUUCUGACUAGAGAACCAUUAACGCCAUUAUCAAAUCAAGAUAAUGAAAAACAAUCAAUCAGUGAAUCAACUUUAGAGAAUCCAUCACAAACGGCAUUCGAUCAACUAGUAGCUAUGAUAUUACCAAGUUCUAAGCUUGCUGAUGAUGACUUCCAACAACUUCUCGAAAAGUCUAAAGCAAUGUUUAGUGAAUUUCAAUACACACUUAAUAAAGACCUCAAGAAUCUUGCUAAUGAAUAUUUAAAAAAUUCUAGCAACCUAAAUGCUCUUGAUGAACGUAGAUUUAAAAGAUAUAUCAACUAUGAUGUUACAAAAAAGGUUUUAAGCAAAUAUCUUGCAAAUGCUCGAGAAUCUGAGUUCAUGGAAAUAACACGAGAUACAUUAAAAAGAUUCAUUCGAGCAGCUUUUAAAGUAUAUGUCAUUCACGCUUACAAAGAAAUCCAACAGGAAUUUAGUUCAUACCAAAAAGUCUUAGAAGAUAUCAAAAAUAUGAAUGCUGUUACUUAA